AUGGAAGUAAAGAAGUAUCGUAACAUGGUUGGGAUGAUUCCUCUUGUCUGUCGCUUGCCAGCAGACGAACUCCCUGGGUUUCAUCGUUCAGCCGUACAAAACUCCCGAGUACUUGGACCAGCUUCACAAAGGACUCAACAUCUACUGCUACCGCAAGCUUGUCCACCUUGUCGGCUGAGGGCGCAUCCACAUCCUUUGCGGAACACUCUACUACAUCAACUCCUCUUUCCUCUACUUCCACUCACACUGAACCCAUUUUCACAACCACCUCUGAAGAAAUGGGAACCUCUACCGCCCCCACAAGCUUGUCCACCUCGUCGACUGAGGGCGCAUCCACAUCCUCUGGGGAACAGUCUUCUACUUCCGCUCACACUGAACCCAUUUUCACAACCACCUCUGAAGGAAUGGGAACCUCUGCCGCCCCCGCAAGCUUGUCCACCUCCUCGACUGAGGGCGCAUCCACAUCCUCUGGGCAACAGUCUUCUACUUCCGCUCACACUGAACCCAUUUUCACAACCACCUCUGAAGGAAUGGGAACCUCUACCGCCCCCGCAAGCUUGUCCACCUCGUCGACUGCGGGCCCAUCCACAGCUUCUGGGGAACACUCUACUACAUCAACUCCUCUUCCCUCUACUUCCACUCACACUGAACCCAUUUCCACAACCACCUCUCAAGGAAUGGGAACCUCUACCAUGCAUACCGCCCCCGCAAGUUUGCCCACCUCAUCGACUGAGGGCGCAUCCACAUCCUCUGGGGAACAGUCUUCUACAUCAACUCCUCUUUCCUCUACUUCCACUCACACUGAACCCAUUUUCACAACCACCUCUGAAGGAAUGGGAACCUCUACCGCCUCCGCAAGCUUGUCCUCGUCGACUGAAGGUGCAUCCACAUCCUCUGGGCAACAGUCUUCUACUUCCGCUCACACUGAACCCAUUUUCACAACCACCUCUGAAGGAAUGGGAACCUCUGCCGCCCCCGCAAGCUUGUCCACCUCCUCGACUGAGGGCGCAUCCACACCCUCUGGGCAACAGUCUUCUACUUCCGCUCACACUGAACCCAUUUUCACAACCACCUCUGAAGGAAUGGGAACCUCUCCGCCCCCGCAAGCUUGUCCACCUCUCGACUGAGGGCGCAUCCACACCCUCUGGGCAACAGUCUUCUACUUCCGCUCACACUGAACCCAUUUUCACAACCACCUCUGAAGGAAUGGGAACCUCUACCGCCCCCGCAAGCUUGUCCACCUCGUCGACUGAGGGUGCAUCCACAUCCUUUGCGGAACACUCUACUACAUCAACUCCUCUUCCCUCUACCUCCAGCCACACUGAACCCAUUUUCACAACCACCACUGAAGGAAUGGGAACCUCUACCGCCUCCGCAAGCUUGUCCACCUCGUCGACUGAGGGUGCAUCCACAUCCUCUGGGCAACAGUCUCUCUACAUCAACUCCUCUUCCCUCUACUUCCAGCUCACACUGAACCCAUUUCCACAACCACCUCUCAAGGAAUGGGAACCUCUACCGCCCCGCUUUUCCUCCUCGACUGAGGGCGCAUCCACAUCCUCUGGGCAACAGUCUUCUACUUCCGCUCACACUGAACCCAUUUUCACAACCACCUCUGAAGGAAUGGGAACCUCUACCGCCCCCGCAAGCUUGUCCACCUCGUCGACUGAGGGUGCAUCCACAUCCUUUGCGGAACACUCUACUACAUCAACUCUCUUCUCUACUUCCGCUCACACUGAACCCAUUUUCACAACCACCUCUCAAGGAAUGGGAACCUCUACCGCCCCCGCAAGCUUGUCCACCUCGUCGACUGCGGGCCCAUCCACAUCCUCUGGGGAACAGUCUUCUACAUCAACUCCUCUUCCCUCUACUUCCAGUCACACUGAACCCAUUUUCACAACCACCUCUCAAGGAAUGGGAACCUCUACCGCCCCCGCAAGCUUGUCCACCUCCUCGACUGAGGGCGCAUCCACAUCCUCUGGGCAACAGUCUUCUACUUCCGCUCACACUGAACCCAUUUUCACAACCACCUCUGAAGGAAUGGGAACCUCUACCGCCCCCGCAAGCUUGUCCACCUCGUCGACUGAGGGCGCAUCCACAUCUUCUGGGCAACAGUCUUCAACCUCUUCUCUACUUCCGCUCACACUGAACCCAUUUUCACAACCACCUCUGAAGGAAUGGGAACCUCUGCCGCCCCCGCAAGCUUGUCCACCUCCUCGACUGAGGGCGCAUCCACAUCCUCUGGGCAACAGUCUUCUACUUCCGCUCACACUGAACCCAUUUUCACAACCACCUCUGAAGGAAUGGGAACCUCUACCGCCCCCGCAAGCUUGUCCACCUCCUCGACUGAGGGCGCAUCCACAUCCUCUGGGCAACAGUCUUCUACAUCAACUCCUCUUCCCUCUACCUCUAGCCACACUGAACCCAUUUUCACAACCACCUCUCAAGGAAUGGGAGCUCUACCGCCCCCGCAAGCUUGUCCACCUCUCGACUGAGGGCGCAUCCACAUCCUUUAUCUUCUACCAUCUUCCUCUACUUCCGCUCACACUGAACCCAUUUUCACAACCACCUCUGAAGGAAUGGGAACCUCUACCGCCCCGCAAGCUUGAAUGGGAACCUCUACCGCCCCCGCAAGCUUGUCCACCUCGUCGACUGCGGGCCCAUCCACAGCUUCUGGGGAACAGUCUUCUACAUCAACUCCUCUUCCCUCUACCUCUAGUCACACUGAGCCCAUUUCCACAACCACCUCUCAAGGAAUGGGAGCCUCUACCAUGCAUACCGCCCCCGCAAGCUUGUCCACCUCGUCGACUGAGGGCGCAUCCACAUCCUCUGGGGGACAGUCUUCUACAUCAACUCCUCUUACCUCUACCUCUAGUCACACUGAGCCCAUUUUCACAACCACCUCUCAAGGAAUGGGAACCUCUACCGCCCCCGCAAGCUUGUCCACCUCCUCGACUGAGGGCGCAUCCACAUCCUCUGGGCAACAGUCUUCUACUUCCCCUCACACUGAACCCAUUUUCACAACCACCUCUGAAGGAAUGGGAACCUCUGCCGCCCCCGCAAGCUUGUCCACCUCCUCGACUGAGGGCGCAUCCACAUCCUCUGGGCAACAGUCUUCUACUUCCGCUCACACUGAACCCAUUUUCACAACCACCUCUGAAGGAAUGGGAACCUCUACCGCCCCCGCAAGCUUGUCCACCUCGUCGACUGAGGGAGCCUCUACCAUGCAUACCGCCCCCGCAAGCUUGUCCACCUCGUCGACUGAGGGCGCAUCCACAUCCUCUGGGGGACAGUCUUCUACAUCAACUCCUCUUCCCUCUACCUCUAGUCACACUGAGCCCAUUUCCACAACCACCUCUCAAGGAAUGGGAACCUCUACCGCCCCCGCAAGCUUGUCCACCUCCUCGACUGUCGACUGAGGGCGCAUCCACAUCCUCUGGGCAACAGUCUUCUACUUCCGCUCACACUGAACCCAUUUUCACAACCACCUCUGAAGGAAUGGGAACCUCUGCCGCCCCCGCAAGCUUGUCCACCUCCUCGACUGAGGGCGCAUCCACAUCCUCUGGGCAACAGUCUUCUACUUCCGCUCACACUGAACCCAUUUUCACAACCACCUCUGAAGGAAUGGGAACCUCUACCGCCCCCGCAAGCUUGUCCACCUCGUCGACUGAGGGUGCACCCACAUCCUUUGCGGAACACUCUACUACAUCAACUCCUCUUCCCUCUACCUCCAGCCACACUGAACCCAUUUCCACAACCACCUCUCAAGGAAUAGGAGCCUCUACCAUGCAUACCGCCCCCGCAAGUUUGCCCACCUCAUCGACUGAGGGCGCAUCCACAUCCUCUGCGGAACAGUCUUCUACAUCAACUCCUCUUUCCUCUACUUCCACUCACACUGAACCCAUUUCCACAACCACCUCUCAAGGAAUGGGAACCUCUACCGCCUCCGCAAGCUUGUCCUCCUCGUCGACUGAAGGUGCAUCCACAGCCUCAGCAAUGCCGAAUUCCACAACAACCUCAGUCACUUCCUCCACUGCACAGCCUACAAUCACAAGAGCUACGUCAAGUGGGACUUCGACAUUAGCAACACUAACCUCAGUCACUUUUUCUACUGCAGAGUCUACAAGCACAGGCGUUUCCUCCUCGUCUCCAAGGAGUGCAACAACAGGAAGGAAAAGUACAGGUCUGACCUCGACUAUGUCAUUGGGCCCCUCUACAUCCUCAGGAGUUUCAUCGUUCAGCCGUACAACACGCCCGAGUACUUGGACCAGCUUCACGCAGGACUCAACCUCUAUUGCUACCGUAAACUUUUCCACCCCAUCGACUGAGGGCGCAUCCACAUCCUCUGAGCAACAGUCUUCUACAUCAACUCCUCUUUCCUCUACUUCCACUCACACUGAACCCAUUUUCACAACCACCUCUCAAAGAAUGGGAGCCUCUACCAUGCAUACCGCCCCCGCAAGCUUGUCCACCUCGUCGACUGAGGGCGCAUCCACAUCCUCUGGGCAACAGUCUUCUACAUCAACUCCUCUUCCCUCUACCUCCAGUCACACUGAACCCAUUUCCACAACCACCUCUCAAGGAAUGGGAACCUCUACCGCCCCCGCAAGCUUGUCCACCUCCUCGACUGAGGGCGCAUCCACAUCCUCUGGGCAACAGUCUUCUACAUCAACUCCUCUUUCCUCUACUUCCACUCACACUGAACCCAUUUUCACAACCACCUCUCAAAGAAUGGGAGCCUCUACCGCCCCCGCAAGCUUGUCCACCUCUCGACUGAGGGCGCAUCCACAUCCUCUGGGAUUCAACUCCUCUUUCCCUCACACUGAACCCAUUUUCCAACCACCUCUCAAGGAAUGGGAACCUCUACCACCCCCGCAAGCUUGUCCACCUCGUCGACUGAGGGCGCAUCCACAUCCUCUGGGGAACAGUCUUCUACAUCAACUCCUCUUCCCUCUACCUCUAGUCACACUGAGCCCAUUUCCACAACCACCUCUCAAGGAAUGGGAACCUCUACCGCCCCCGCAAGCUUGUCCAUCUCCUCGACUGAGGGCGCAUCCACAUCCUCUGGGGAACAGUCUUCUACAUCAACUCCUCUUCCCUCUACCUCUAGUCACACUGAGCCCAUUUCCACAACCACCUCUCAAGGAAUGGGAACCUCUACCGCCCCCCGCAAGCUUGUCCAUCUCCUCGACUGAGGGCGCAUCCACAUCCUCUGGGGAACAGUCUUCUACAUCAACUCCUCUUCCCUCUACCUCUAGUCACACUGAGCCCAUUUCCACAACCACCUCUCAAGGAAUGGGAACCUCUACCGCCCCCCGCAAGCUUGUCCAUCUCCUCGACUGA